AUGGGAAAAGAUCUUCAUAAGAGAAGUAUUUCAUCAUUUGAUGAUAUGGAAAAAUCUAUCGCCUUGAACGAUGAAGACAUUAUUAAAGAAAAGAAAAAUAAGAAAGUCGAUAUCUUUUUAAUCAUAAUUGUUAGUUUAUUGGUUGGAACAAUCGUAAAUUUUGUUCUUUUCAGUAACUUCAAGAGUAUCAACUUGAAAGUAUUCAAUGAAAAUGCUGUAGAAAAAUUAUUAGAUGUAGAGAAUAUUAAUUUAAAAGAAGUCCAAGAUAAUGAAUGGAAUAAAUUCCAUAGUAAUUCACCAAAAGGAGAAGUUGUUUUAAAGUCUGCAUCUAUCGAAGAUUCAACUUCUUCAUAUAUAAACGAAGAUGUUGAACAUAAUGAUCCUCAAAAAGAUUUAGCAGAAAUCUUAUCUAUUAACUCCAUUGUUAUUUUAACUAAUGAAGAGAACAUUAAAUUACAAACAAAAGUUGAAAACAUUUUAAAAAAUUAUAAAAUCACACCAGAAAUUAAAUUCAUUAAAUUAAACAAACACCCAAAUUACGAUAAUAUCUAUCAAUACUUGAAAAAAUUCACUAUCAGUGACUAUGGUAUUGAAAUUAAUAAUGAUGAUGAAAACGAUAUCCCAAGAUUAUUCAUCGGUGGUUUACCAAUGGGCAAUUAUAAAGAUAUCAUUAGAAAAGCUAAUGCUGAAGAAUUAUAUGGAUACUUGAAAAAAUACGGUAAAGGUUUAAUCACUUUAGAACUUUAA